AUAAGACUGAAAAUACAUUGUUUGAGCCAUGGAAACUCUUUUCCACACUCUUCUUACAUUAUUACUAUUCGUAGCCAUCUCUCAUACUCUGCCUCCUCUCGCCGGUUCUUUUCCGAUCUCUAAUAUUUUUCCGGCGGUUUUCAACUUCGGAGACUCUAACUCCGACACCGGAGAACUUAGCUCCGGUCUUGGAUUCCUUCCCCAACCUUCCUAUGAAAAAACCUACUUCAGAACUCCAACUUCCGGAAGAUUCUGCAAUGGACGUCUCAUCCUCGAUUUUCUAAUGGAAGCAAUUGAUCGGCCCUAUUUGAGGCCUUAUUUAGAUUCGAUAAGUCGACAAAGUUACCGGAGAGGCUGCAAUUUUGCGGCGGCUGCGUCAACGAUUCAGAAGGCGAAUGCUGCAUCCUAUAGUCCCUUUGGUUUUGGUGUUCAAGUUUCUCAAUUCAUCACCUUUAAGUCCAAAGUCCUUCAAUUGAUACAACAAGAUGAAGAGCUCGGAAGAUACUUACCGUCCGAAUAUUAUUUCAAAAAAGGAUUAUAUAUGUUUGAUAUCGGACAAAAUGAUAUUGCCGGAGCAUUUUACUCCAAGACAUUAGAUGAGGUUCUUGCUCUGGUUCCUACAAUCUUAGAUAUAUUUCAAGAUGGAAUAAAGAGAUUAUAUGCAGAAGGGGCAAGAAACUAUUGGAUACACAAUACAGGACCACUUGGGUGUUUAGCACAAGUUGUGUCAAUAUUCGGGAAAGACAAAUCAAAGCUUGAUGAGUUUGGUUGUGUCAGUGACCAUAACCAAGCCGCUAAACUUUUCAAUUUGCAGCUUCAUGGUCUUUUCAAAAAACUCCCUCAACAAUAUCCCGAUUCCCGUUUCACAUACGUAGAUAUCUUCUCUAUCAAAUCCGACCUCAUCCUGAAUCAUUCCAAAUAUGGUUUUGAUCAUUCGAUAAUGGUAUGUUGUGGAACCGGAGGACCGCCAUUGAACUACGAUGAUCAGGUUGGUUGCGGUAAGACAGCAAUAUCAAAUGGUACGAUCAAAACCUCCAAACCUUGUAAUGAUAGUUCCAAAUAUGUCAACUGGGACGGCAUUCAUUACACCGAAGCUGCAAAUCGGUAUGUUGCACUACACAUUCUCACCGGUAAAUACUCUGAGACGGCGUCAUCUUUGAAUCUUUAGCAAUGUAACAAAGAAAGUUACAUUAUCAUUUCUUUAUGGAUUACAUAUAUCUAUUUAGUUGUAUGUUAACUGGUUUAUUUAUGAGUAUAUGAAUAAUUUCCAUAAACUUAA